CCCACUACCCGAAGAUGAUUCGCUGGCUCGGGCCGUUGAUGUCAUACUGCACAUUGUUUUGUGAACGGAAACAUUGUUUUUUCAAACGGGCCGUUCGCAGCACGCUAAACUACAAAAAUGUGCUGAAAUUUUGCACGGAGCACCACCAAUACUACCAAGGUGUACUAAACGAACAGGGUCUGCGAUUUGAAGACAAAUUUGCCCUUCAAACGUUUCUGGAAAAUUACAACGACUUGCCAUCGACAACUAAAGAGGAAUUGAGCGCUUUUGGGUUGCUGAAACCAGAACUUAUCUAUGUUGAAAGCGGAAGUUAUCAAGGCUACAAUUAUAGAAAGGAUAGCUUUUUGUUCGUGAAACAUGAUGAUUACUCCGAGUCGAUAGUAUUUCUCAAAUUGAAAUUAAUGAUUUAUGACAAUGAACAAAACAGCAUCUACAUGUUUGGCGAGAAGUGGUCAGUCGUGGACAUACACGAACGAGGAAUCUUACAAGCGAACCAAAACGAGGAAGAGAUAAUCUGCCAACCGAUUGAGAAUUUCAUUGAUAAAACGCCCAUUCAAUCGUUUAUUGAAAACAACACAGAAUAUCUAUUUAUUACCCACGCACUUCCUCUGCAGUAACAGAAGCCGAACCAUGGAGCAAAUAACAAUCUUCAAGAUCUGCGAUCUGCACAUGAACAACCGCCAAAUGAUUGCCUGCCAACCGAAUAGAGAAAGUGUUCUUGAUAAUGGAUCUUCAGCUCUACAAAAGCAAGUGAACCGAAUCCUUCUCGCCGCGGACGGUUGCGAAAUUACCACCGAUUUGGUCUUAACAGCGUGUCAAAGUCAGCUGCUGAUGUUGCUGAGCCAGGGCGAAGCAUGGAUGUCGUUCGGUUCUAACACCGUUCCGGUAGAGGAAACGGCAAAUUCGCCAUUCCGCGUCGAAGUACCAAUUGGUGACAGCAACACGAUCGGCGAAGAUUACAAUCUCGAGCUAGCUGAUGAAAUCAUUCUUCUGGAAGGAGGACACACUCAAGAUGCUACGGAAAUGAAAUCCUUUAAUUUGAGUGACCUACACGUGAAGAAUCCGGGGUUUGACGCGCCGAUCGGAGAAUUUCCGGUGGCUCUAACAUCACCAUCUACAUCUACGUCCACCGUCCAGAAGGCCGCCGUCACUGCUCGUGCUGACGAAUGUGAACCCAGCAAAACCGAUGAAAACCGAUCGCCCAACGUCCCGACGAAGCGGCCGGUUGAGCAGAUUAGCAUCGUGAAGCCAAAGAGGAAGCUUACUACAGAUAUGAAGUUUCAUAGUUUCCAAAUAGAUUGGACAAAAGUGAGCGACCGGCUUUUGAAUAAGUUCAAAGAUCAUCAAGAAUUCGUAGACAAAAAUCCCGAUAAACCCGUUCCGCGAGAAGUCCGGAUCACCAACGAUGACAUUAAUGAUUUGAUCCCAGUUGUCGUUGAACAGCUCCGAGCGAUCGAUACGGACAUUUCAGCCGACGUUAUGAAGUCUGUAGCGCUACAAAUCACGGGAAAAUUCCCUUGCCUCGAUUUUCCCGACGACGACGGUUUUAAGGACGGCAAGGGUUUUGUGAUGAUCAAGUCGAAGUUAAUCAACAGGAACAGUUAUUGCAAACGAUUCAAGGAGGGAAAAGUAGUCUCGUCGUCGCGAUCUGAUCGAUCAAAACAAUUGAACGCAAAGUCCGGUACGCUAAAGGAGUAUUGGGAAAACACGGCAGCUGAAUGUCCCAAAGCCGCCCACUCGAUCCUGCUGCGCGAUGAACCGGAUUUGCUGACUGAUUCUGUUCUGGAAGAAACGCAGCCUUUCGUGCGAGUUCUACUGAACAGUCAAGACACGCAUAAAAUGCUGUCGAAGUGGCCUGUUCUGCGACGAGCAAAUCUUCUUAAAUUUCAUUUCGAGAAAGCAACCGGCCGAAACCUCAACGAUCUGUCCAAGUAUUGGAAUGCAAAAAAAACUAAAAUGAUUGAUUACUCUCGAACUGUAAAAAAAACUAUUCCACUCGGCGGCGAGGCAACGACACUUCAAAUCUGCACAUUUUUGGCGUUUCUUGUGGGAGAAGAGAUCAACAAGCUGAUCAUCAACAAAGAGAUGGGCACAAGCAUCGACGAUAUUUUCACGAAUGAGGCCAGUCCAGUGAUAGUGGGAAUCGAUGUUGGUGAUGACAAGCACAUGUACUACGCAGUAGCAGAAAAAACGCGAUUUACUGAAGGCACCUUUGAUGUUCUGGAAGCGGUCGAGCAGUUGAUGGCGGUGUAUUACGUGUAUAAUUUUAUGUACUUAACCGAAAGUUCUAAGUUUCUAGAACUCAUUCAGGAAUAUUUCCUAAAAAUAAUCCCCCUUCGAGGCUCCAAAAGCCAAGCGACUCGCGUCGGUGGAAGACAGCGAAUCGUCAAGCGUGUGAUUCAGGCGCUUUCCACACACGAACUAGAUGCCGCUGCCACUGACGAAUAACACGACUCACACUUAACUGGACUACGUGGCUCGGUCACUACUUUUACUUAUUUUACACUUUAUUUUCUUUACCGUUACGGGUCUGCCUAACCAUAAUUAGUGAUAAAUAGUCAGGAUGAGAAAAUAUUACUAGCUUCAAAAGCAAAGUCACCACCGCUAAACAUUGAACUCAAUCGAAUACAACUACUUAAGAAAUAAACAGUUUAAAUGUAUAAUGCAUUCACCUUA